AUUUUUGACUUGCAAGAUUCUCCCAUUCUAGGGUACUGAAGAAAUACCUUUUUCUUCUUCAUCCUUUCAAAUUAUUUCUAGGGUACCAAUCUCCCCCUUUUUUUUUUCUUUUCCUCUCCCUUUUCAAUAAUUCAUUCCUUAAAUAUUUGAAUUUAACUGUCAGAUCAAAGAAAUUGAAAUCUUCAGUUAUUAUCAAAAUCAAAUAUUCGAGAACUUUUCCAAUUUGGGGGUAACUGUUCGUUUCUUUAUCACUGACGGGGGCAAUUUAUCAUUCAAGCAAAGAUGUCCACGAGUUCCAGGAGUGAUACUACUGAUGACUCCAUUUUUGAUGUGGAGGAACUAUUACAAAUUGAAGCAAGAUGUAGAGAGUUAAGAAAAGAGAAGGAUUUGUUGAAAGAAACGCAAUCACAAAGCUUUGACCUGAUCAAAAGACUGGAACUGCAUGUAAGGAGAUUGAAUGAGGCCCGCUUAGAUGAUAAGAGGCAAAUUCAGGAGUUGAAGAAAGAAUUGAAUAACUGCCAUCAGGAAAUAGACUUUUUGCAGGACGAGUUAAACUCGAGGAAUACAACCGUUAAUUAUUUGGAAGAGCGUGUCGGAACCUUAGAAAUGAACAUGAAUGAAUUAAACCUUCUGCAGGAGGAGGUUGUCAGAUUAAGCGAGGAACUGAAAAAAUCAAACUCCGCGUGUGAUUUCUUGAGCGAGGAGCUAAUCUCUAAGGAAACACAACUAGAACAAUCAAGAUUACAAAUAGAAAAACUAGAAGAGUCCAUCGCUUCUUCUGCGUUGGAGUACCAAUGUGAAAUCGAGAGCAUGAGGCUGGAAAUGAUGGACUUACACCCGAGCUGCUUCAAGACUAAGGAAUCCAACGAGUAUUGUCAAGAAUAUAAAAUUUUCCCGGGAAGUGGAGAAGAUAUGUCAUCUGAACUCGUUAAAUACGAAGAACUCGUUAAACAACUUAAAGAAGAACUUAAGAAAGAGAAAUUAAGAUCGAAAGAAGAAGCGGAAGACCUCACUCAAGAGAUGGCGGAAUUGAGAUACCAAUUGACGGAGUUGCUAGAAGAAGAGCGUAAACGUCGUUCUUGCAUCGAACAAGUGUCUUUGCAGAGAAUAUCCAAGCUAGAAGCGCAGCUUCGGGAAGAGAAAAGGAGAUAUGUUGGUCAUGUGUAUAGUAUUUGUGAAGCAUAAUAGUUUUGUUGAGUUUUUUACUAUGUUGCUUUGUAAGAUUUUGUGGACGCAUAGGAUGGAAUCGAACCGGGUUUUGAAAAUCUUGUGCGAUCCCCCUCUUUUGCACGAUGUAUAGUGUGCUCUUAUGUCCUUUGGUUGGAGUAAGGCUGCGUAUAUCCAUUGUAGUAAGUUUGAAAGAGUAAAAGCUCAUUUGAGAUGACAAAUAUUUAGAUGGGCUUAUGUAAAGUUGUGAUUUUAGAAAGAAAAGUGAUCAGUUUUGUGA